AUUCAUAUAUGUCGAUAUAUAUAUAACAACGUUGCUAGGGUUUCAAGGGUUUCUCAGUGAAAAGAACAAAUAUCAGAGCAGCAGCCAUGGUUCUCAAGACGGAGCUUUGUCGGUUUAGCGGUGCCAAGAUAUACCCGGGGAAAGGCAUCAGAUUUGUUCGUUCUGAUUCUCAGGUCUUCCUCUUUUCGAACUCGAAAUGCAAGAGGUACUUCCACAACCGCCUGAAGCCAUCGAAACUUACAUGGACAGCCAUGUAUAGGAAGCAACAUAAGAAGGACAUUGCUCAAGAGGCUGUUAAGAAGAGGAGACGUACCACGAAGAAGCCUUACUCCAGAUCCAUCGUGGGUGCCACCUUAGAGGUUAUCCAGAAGAAGAGGAGCGAGAAACCCGAAGUCCGCGAUGCUGCUCGGGAAGCUGCACUCCGAGAAAUCAAGGAAAGGAUCAAGAAAACUAAGGACGAAAAGAAAGCGAAGAAGGCCGAAGUAGCGGCGAAGCAACAGAAGACACAGGGCAAGGGUAAUGUUCCGAAGGGUGGUGCACCAAAAGGUCCCAAGCUCGGCGGCGGUGGCGGAAAGCGUUGAAAUGCUAGGCUAUUAACUCUUUUUUCCCUGCCCCGAGAGAUAAGUAGUAUUCUCAAACGGACAUUAUAUUGACAUUAUUGUAUGGUAUGAAUUGUCAUGUUGGCUAUGUUUUUUCUCUUA